GAUAACAAAGAGGGCGAUUGCGAUGCGGUUGGUGAUGUCACGCUUCUCUUACACCCAUCAUCAUCAUCGCGAUCUCCUGCUCAACCAUCCCACCCGCACUUCCCUCUCUCCCUAAUCAGUAUUGAAUUACUUUCUGGCGACAUAUGGCACCGAGACUACCCUGAGUUGUUCAAACCUGUACCCAUUGGAAACAGUAGCAGCCUUGGAUGCUUGGCCAAUGGCGGCGGUGAUGAACGAGACCCGAAGAAAGGUUUGAAGAAAGAGAGAAGGUCGUUCCCUUCUAAUAAAAAAACGGACAUUUGUGACUGUCAGUCAAUCUUGAGAACGAAAUCGCAUAUUUGGUGA